AUGGAUAAUCAUCAACCACCGCCUCCUUCUUCAUCGGCGGCGGCGGCGGCGGACUCUGGCGCUGGCAACAGUAGCAGAGAUCAGUACCUCAAAAGCCUCAACAAGCUCUCCCACAAGAUCUCCAAACCCACCAUCCCAAAAAAGCCUUUCGAUCAACCACCAAACGAUGAUAAUCACAACAACAACGACUUCAAUCCUCCACCGCCGAUGCCCCCUGCCUCCUCCCAACCGCCGCAGAGCCAGAACCAGCCGCCGGUCUACAACAUCAACAAGAGCGAUUUCCGCGACGUCGUCCAGAAGCUGACCGGAUCCCCUGCUCACGAGCGCUUCUCCGCUCCGCCGCCCAUCCACGCACCAAAACCCCAGAGCUCUCGCCUGCAGCGGAUUCGCCCUCCGCCGCUCGCCCACCUCACCAAUCGCCCACCUCCGAUCAUCAACAACCCUUCCGACGUCUCGUCUCUCCCUCCCCAGCCGUUCAAUCCCGCCGCCGCCGCCGCCCAAGGGUUCCUCCACCGCCCUCCCGCUCCCAUGUCCCCAUUACCGCCGUUUCCGGCAGUCCACGCGGCCGCGGAGUCGCCAGUCUCCGCUUACAUGCGCUACCUCCACAACUCCGUCCCUAAUUUCGAUCCUAACAACAAACAGUUCUCUGGGUUCUCGCCCCUGGCUCCCCUUGUUUCACCGCGCUGGAACAGCAAUUCAGCUCUGCCGCCGCCUCCGCCGCCGCCGCAGCAGCAAGGGGUGCUCCCAUCACCGACUUCGCACCCACAGUUCCAGCUGCCGCUCUCGCCGCUGCCGUUUGGGUGUUUGAAUUCGCCUCGGUCUUCGUACCCGCUGCUUUCACCGACUGCUUUCCCUCUCUCGCCGACAGUGCCUGUACCCAGCCCGAGGUGGAAGGGGCUCUGA